CUCGGACCCAUGGCAACGAAAGCUCAGGCAAUCGUGUGACAAGCUUCUUCGGAAAAUCGAGAAAUCCAGCGAGCUCACGAUGGAGGACAAGCAAACAUGUCGCGAAUACGUUAAAGAUGUCAAAGUCUACCAAGUGUUUCGGUUCUUUUGUGCAAAUCAUGAAGAAGUUCAUCAUGGUGUUUCAGAAUCUGAUGGUAUACACUUUCGCACAUCUGAAACGCUGCACGAACAAUGGAUGGCUUCUGAACGAACUGAAACAGCAAGUUGCAGAGUGGAGAAGCUUGUUUUACGAUGAUCUGAUGAAACUAACCAUGUAUCGGACUAUCAGGGAUACUUUGAAGAGCCUUUUGGAUCGCAGUGAAAGAGAUCCGUGCCCUAUGCAUGUAUCAGUCAGAUUUUUACCAAGACAUAUUGUUCCCCGCAAUGAUGUGGCAUUGCUUCGCGUCCUUCUGGUCUUGUGCGGAAGAGAUUAUGAAAAUGAGUUUUAUGGCCUCGCACACAACCAAGCACAAGAGAUGGUCGAUCUACUUGAAGAGAUCCUGCGAGAUCCUUCCACCGAUCAUGCCACACAUGCACGGCUUUUGAGAUAUAUCAUACGACUAUCACGAAAAUCUGGUCGUUUGCCAUGUCAGUUGCAGUUGGACGGACUAGAGCCGACCCCGAUGCGUAUUGUUGAGCAGGGCGGAUCUGCAACUAUCUUUACAGCGUCUUAUAACCAUCAAGCUGUUGCUAUCAAGCGAUCGCACCUGCCAUCCAUAUCCCAGAGUCGCAAAGACUUUGUGAGCGAGGCGGUAAUUUGGAGUCACUUGAAACACGAGAAUAUUGUGCCAUUCCUAGGAGUCACAGACAAGGAUUAUAGAUUGUGGCUCGUUUCGAGAUUCAUGUACAGUGGUAAUGUGAGAACAUACAUCGAGUAUAUGGGCAGGGAGAACUGCGAUCUUCGUCACCUGGCAGAAGGAGCUGCGAAAGGUCUUUGCUAUCUGCAUACUUUUGAUCCACCUAUCGUCCAUGGUGAUCUCAAGGGAUUCAAUGUCUUGGUCGACAAACGAGGGAAUGCUUGCAUGACCGACUUCGGAAUCUCGAGAUCUGAUGAUACACGCCAAGGAUUGGACUCCACCAAUGUCGGCCGCCGAGAAACGCUUAAUUGGAUUGCCCCAGAGCUUAUCUUCUUUGGAAAUUCGGAAACUAUGCGCGUGACGCUGGAAACUGAUAUGUAUGCAUUUGCUUGUGUGUUAUACGAGAUCUAUACCGGAGGCAUUCCGUACUAUGGAGAGAAUAUAAUCGAUUGCCUGAGGGAACGAAGAAGACCCUCGCUCCAUAGAUUGGGAGAACCUAUCGUAAGACUUAUUGAAGGAUGUUGGCAUCAUGAUCCAAGGUUUCGCCCGAAAGCCUCCGUCGUCGUCGAAGCACUGAAGAAGAUGAAAAAGUUUCAAUUGAUUUCUUUGAUAGGACUUUGGACUUUGGUGGUGGGAAUUCGGCAGUGUUUAGAGUUCCAGUUUUCUGCCCCCCUUCUCUGAUUAGCGUCAUACUUAGAUAGUAUCAUAUAGAGUGAUGGAAAUCGAAGGGGUAUAACUGACAGGAAUUACGCAAGCUGUAGAACAUUAAAUAAGACAAAAGAGAUCCUCUCCACUUCCAACCAUCGAAGAACAGAUCUUUACAUAUGCACCCUGUCCAUAUUCUCUUGAUUGCAGU